AUGGCAGAGCCACUUCUGAAACGGCACAAGGCUUCCAACAGCUCUUCCGAAGUGUCAGAAGAUGAGGAAGUUCAAGAUGUCCUUCCUCGAGCGUCACUAUGUCCGCAACGUCUUCGCGGCAUUGGCAUGAAGCUGGUGAACAGGAUCAACGAUGAUUAUCUUGCCAUGUUGCGAGAUGUCCACAGGAAUGACUUCUAUUGGACUGCCAUGGAGAAAUUGCCAGUCCGAGGCCAAAGAGUGUUGGAUUUAGGUGCUGGAACUGGGCUUUUGUCUUUGAUGGCUGCCAAGCUUGGUGCCAGCUCUGUGCUGGCCGUGGAGGAGUCAGCUGACAUGGCCGCAGUUGUCAAGACGAGUGCUGAGCAUAAUCGCUUGCAACACAUCAUAGACGUGCAUGCAGGGCACAGCGCCUUGCUCUCACUGGCGGAGAAGGACAAGGCUGAUGUUAUUGUUUCCGAAACAUUUGGUGUGCUUCUCCUCCAAGAGGGGUGCCUGAAGUCGUUCAUCCAUGCAAGGGAAAAUUUGGCAAAACCUGGUGCAAGCAUUCUUCCUGCUGGGGGUGCUCAGCACGCGCGGUUGCUGGCUUCUACCGCUCUACGGUCAGCUUGCUCAGCUUUGGACCCUGAGAUGCUCCAUGUCAAUACGUUUCGAGAUGCAGGACAAGUGCGCUUUUCCUUGCCUGGUGGCUUCAGUGUGAACUCACUGCCAGAUGCUUGCUGGAUGUCGGACAACAUCAGCGUUCUGGAGGUUGAUUUCGCUUCUUCACGGCCGAGCGAUAUCCCUUCUUCCAGACACUUCAGGGUUCAAAUUCUUGAAGACGGAAUUGUGGAUGCCGUUGUAACAUCGUGGGAAGUUUGGGCUGACAAGGACAGGACGCUUUUGCUUAGCACUGCGGCUGACAGUACCAAGGGUCAGCCUUGGGGUUUCGCCCGUGAUGCUCAUUGGGGCCAAGGUUUUCAGGUUCGGAGCUGCCGGGGAGGAGCUGCGGCUCGAAGUGCGCGACUCGACUGGAAUCAGGCUUCUCGAGGGACGGGGAGAUGUUGCAGUUCACCGUGUCGCGGCUAG